GUAAGACUGCUGAGAGGGGAUCCGAGGCGGUAAAAGGCUCAGUAUUUGCGCCGCGGCCCAAUGGAGCGAACGCGACCGCAGGGACGGGCUGAAGACUGCUUAUAGCCCUGUCAGGACCGCGCAGGAAGAGGAGGCCGAAGGGUUCCUUGGACGAUGGUGUACUGAGAAGCUUCCCCUGAACCUGUGCCCCCAUGACAUCCCAAGACAAAGAUGUGGGUCCCUCACUGCCCUCUUCCUGGGCCUCCCAGAUGGGGCCCUGGGAAGCCAUUCUUGAGGCUGUCAGGGAGCAGCUUCCAUCUCUGGACUCUGAUUCCUCUUUGUCAGAGUGCGGAGAAGAAGAGCUGUUCAUCUACCAGCGAAAUCAAAGCACCCUGAUUCCAGACUUGUCAGAGGAGCUGGCUGAAGACCCUGAUGAGGCCUGGGUCGCUCCAGCAAACAGUUCUCCUCUUGAGCCAUGUGUGGUGCCUGUGGAGUUCUCUGCACAGCCCUGGGGUGAACGGAAUGCAAGGAUGAAGGAAGGAGGGGACCCUGGCCAGCCCUUGGAGAGCAGUGGUGAGAGCAGCUCUCUUCUUAGGAUGCCUGAGGAGACCCCCACGUGGCAGGAAUGUGACCUUGGGGAUAUGUCCUUGAACACCAAAGGCUCCCUGAGUCCUCCCUGGGGGCCGCAGGGAGAAGCCACCCUCUGUCUCCCAAAAAGAGACUUGAGGAUGGACCCAAAUGCUGCCUCCUGGGCUUGGGAGGGCUCAGACUCUGCAAAACAGAGAGCCCUCCGAAGGGAGAGAAGGAAGAUGAUUGAGAGAGACCUACUUCAUAAAGUCACCGGGGGUGCCUGGGACCCCGCCUGCAGUGACCACAGUCAAGGGAAGGAAAUGCCCUGUGAAGCUGCAGUGGCAGAUCCAAGACCAGGAACGCCACCACAGGGGCCCCAGGAAGGACUGCUAGUGCUCUCCCUCCAGCAACUUGAAGAGUGGGAUUUGGAUCACGUCCUUCAGAGUCUGGCUGGACAAGAAAAGGACCAGGGAGAUCGUGCACCUGGAGAGGUGUGGUGGGCAGCUGAUCGCCUCCAGGGCCAAGAUCACGCCGAGCCCAGCACCCAGGACAGGCUCAUGGAACAGCUCACCCUCCUGUGUGCCACACAGUCCAGAGCCUCUUCUUCUGCCUGGAAGGUUCCUGUGGACAUGCCCCAGGACAAGCAGCUAGAGGCCAGAAGCAGAUGUGCUUUGCCGGAGCUGGUCCAGGCCAAACUGAGUCAGUGUUGGCUAAGGAGCCCAGCGGAGCCUCCCACCACCUUCAUCGAUCUGAGGCCCACAGAGCCAUCAGACCAGGGGUCAUUGAAAAGCUCCAGCUCCAGCUCCUCCGACAGUGAGGAGGCAGGCGGAGAAGAGACAGCUGCUCUGAGAGACCAGCAGGGCCCAGCACGGCUACGGGACUGUACUGGGAAAAGUCAGCUUCUCCAGCAGCUCAGGGCUUUUCGGAAGGGGAUGGCUCAGCCCCAGUUGCCUGCCAGCAAGGGUCCUAGCAGCCAGAAAGCUCGGGCCCCUGGAGAUACAGCUGGAUCUGGGACUGGAAGGAAGCAACACCUAACGCUCUUGAGUUGAGGCAGAGUGUCCUGGCCAGGCCCUCAGUAGGAAAUCUCGGGGCCCUGGAGGACACUCUUGGGCCAGGGACUGCCAGGGAGGUCCUGGUGACUCCUCUGGGCCAACUAUAGAUGCCUCUGGGACUGGAUCUUAGGAGAUUAGCGGGAUGUUUGACUCUGUCAACUCUUGUAGGCCGUCAUGGUCCCUUCGCUCUCCUCCCAUGUUUCCAUUAGCAGUGCUUUUGCAGCACACAGCCUCUCGGACUGUGAUCUGUCCUCUGUUACAAUUUGGUCAGAACAUUUUCAUGCAUUUGGAGCUAAGAUGCCAGCACAAACUUGAACAUACAGCAUGAUGACAACUCACGUGACCCCAAUCUUCCGAAAGGGCCUGGAAGGAAAGCCCACGAAGACGAUGGUUUUGUUCCAAUUGUGGAACUGCAAGCCUAUUCAUCUUUGUCCAUUUCUGCAUUUUUUAUCUUUAAUGUGCAUCUGUUAUUUCCAUCAUACAAGGGUUUUUAAAACCACAAAACGUAAGUUAAACAUAUUUAGAGAAUUUCAGGCUAGAAAGGGCCUUGAAAGAGAACUUAGCCUGAUUUUCUGGGUCCCUGGAUACUUGCUAUUUUGUAUAUUUAAAUUAACACACUACGCACACACCAAAUGAACUUUUGAUUGAAAUGUGAUUUCUCUUUUUUCUUUAAAACACAA